AUGAAUUUGUCCUCGUUCCCAGAACCAUUGCCAAAAGAAACUCUGCAAGCUCAGUCGGCUGCUAUGUUUUUAGACUUCAUGGGAACUGCUGGAGAUGGAGUAAGGGACAAGCUCAUUAUGAAGAGUGAUCUGGUUUUCUUUGUCUCUGUAAUUAGCCUUGCAUUCCUGUCUCUGCCAAGAUCUGGAUAUGCUCAACAUAUUGCAGAGGAAUCCUGCUCUGUUCAGAUUUUGGUUCCAGGCCUCAAAGAAAUGUUGGCUGGUUUGUUGCCAUUCUUGACUUUUUAUCAUGAAAAUAGGAAUCACCAACAGUGUAAACAAAUGGUCAAGAAAUCUGAUGUCUUAACAUUUUUAAAGAAAAAAUUAACAGAACGGGCUCUGAGGGAAAAUGGAGAAAAGGGGGGAAAAGGUGCUCCAGGCCGCCCUGGACGAGUUGGACCUCCAGGGGAAAAAGGAGAAGUGGGAGACAAAGGGGAGAAAGGUAGCAUGGGGCGACAUGGAAAAGUUGGUCCCAUAGGCUCAAAAGGACAAAAAGGAGAUAAUGGAGAUAUAGGUCCACCUGGUCCAAAUGGAGAUCCAGGUAUUCCUUGUGAAUGUGGCCAACUACGAACAGCCAUUGGUAAAAUGGAUAAUCAAGUGACCCUGCUGACAACAGAGCUGAAGUUCAUUAAAAAAGCUGUUGCUGGUGUGCGCGAGACAGAUAAUAAGACGUACCUGCUGGUGAAAGAACAGAAGCGGUAUGUGGACGCCCAGCUCUACUGCCAAGGAAGAGGAGGGAUCCUGAGCAUGCCCAAGGAUGAAGCCACCAAUAAUCUCAUUGCUUCCUACAUCAAUCAAGCUGGCCUCAGCCGAGUUUUCAUUGGCAUUAAUGACCUUGAGAAGGAAGGCAGCUUUGUCUACUCUGACCGAUCCCCUAUGCAGACCUUCAACAAGUGGAGCACUGGUGAACCAAAUAAUGCUUAUGACGAGGAGGACUGUGUAGAAAUGAUCACCUCGGGGGGCUGGAAUGAUGUGGCUUGUCACAUUACAAUGAAUUUUGUAUGCGAAUUUGACAAAGAAAAUGUUUAA